UCUUUCUCCCCACUUGUACGCAAAAGGGCAUAUAAAUAUCAUCACCACACUUCACACCCAACUCAUCAAAGUUCAAACCAACUUACCAAACUCAACACACCAUUUUUUCCUCCAAACCUAUCUAAAACUUCUCUGCUCUCUCUCUCACAAAAAUGGAGUGGAGCAGGGGACCCACCAUCGGCCGCGGCAGCUCCGCGACCGUCUCCGUUGCCGCCUCCACCGCCGGUGAACUCUUCGCCGUCAAAUCCGCCGAGCUCUCUCGCUCUAGCUUGUUACAAAAAGAGCAACAAUUUCUCUCUCAAUUGAGCUCCCCCCAUAUAGUCCAGUACAAAGGUUUCGAAAUUACGUCUGAAUUCAACAAUCCCACGUACAACCUUUUCAUGGAGUACAUCCCAGGCGGCUCAAUUUCAGAUAAAAUCAAGAAAGGAGGAGGAUCGCUUGAUGAACCGACAAUCCGAAUAUACACGCGUCAAAUCCUGAAUGGAUUAGACUACCUUCAUUUGAACGGAUUGGUGCAUUGCGACGUCAAGGGGGAGAAUUUGCUACUAGCAGAAAAUGGUGUCAAGAUUGCUGAUUUGGGUUGUGCCAAGAGGGUGGAGGAAACGUCAGCGAUCUCCGGCACACCGGCGUUCAUGGCGCCGGAAGUCGCCCGCGGCGAAAAACAGGGGUUCGAGGCCGACGUUUGGGCUCUUGGGUGCACCAUAAUUGAGAUGGCCACUGGGUCCCACCCCUGGCCGGAGUCGAACAACCCGGUGUCGACUCUCUACCGGAUCGGGUUUUCCGGCGACGUGCCGGAGUCCCCGGCGUGUUUUUCUGACGAGGCCACGGAUUUCUUGAGCAAGUGUUUGGAAAGGGAUUGCGAAGAGAGGUGGACAGCUCAGCAACUUAUGAAACAUCCUUUUCUUGAGCAAGUGUUUGACAGUAACUCAGCAUGUCAGGGUAAGCUUACGGGCACGUUUACUAGGGAUUCUCCGGUAAGUGUGUUGGAUCAGGGUUUUUGGGAGUCGGUGGAGGAGUCGGAAGAUCAACGGAACUCGACCCACGUCAGUUCCUCUUCUAAUUCUCCGGCGGAGAGGAUUCUGAGCUUGAUUAGUUCAAAUUUGCCCAGUUGGGAUUGGGAUGAAGAUUGGGUCACGGUUAGGAACAAAGACAUUGAAGAGAGUUCAGUAACUGUGGAGCAGAACGACAGAGAGUUAAUAAUUCCUGCGGAUUCUUACAUGUUUUCUGCAGAUGUUGGUUUGGAAGAUGUUGGCAAUUCAUCCUUUGCUAUGAAUGAGGAUCUUUCAACAGAUAUCUCUGCAGACACCAUUGGUGGUGGUGGUGUCGAUUGCAAUUAUGAUUCAACAGAUUUUUUAAUGUCGUUUGGAAAUGAUGAAAAUGUAAUUGUUCUUGUAAUUCUCGAUUUAAAGAGAAAGUUAAUGGAAGUUGUGUUCUUUCUUCAAUUUAGGGUGUUUAGGCCAAUUUACGCGCAGCUCAACUAUUCUCCUCUCCGGUCCGGUCAAAGACGGGCCAUGUACGUCGGGAUUAGGAGAACACAAAAAAAUUCUCCCUUGUGGCCUGGCCCCAAGAGAUUAUCAAGUUUUGAACUCAAUAUAUUUGGGUUUGCAACUGAUCCACAUUGUCAUUGA